UUAUAGUUGUGGACUUUCAUGCUAAUUGUUAACAAAAGGUUAUUAUAAAAGCGAAAAGCGGACCUUUGUGUGCAGAGCAACUGAAGCUGUUUGAUCAUCACAGAGACUGAACCGUAAGUUCAUAAGGACCAAGAUGCCACAUCACCGCCGUGCCAGCAACAUGUUUGUGCUCUUAUGUGCUUUUUCUCUGUGUGUUGAGUGUGUAAGUGGUGGCACCAGCUUCCUCAGCCCUCCUCAGAAACCACCGAAGGGUAGAGGAGAACGAAGACCACCACGGGUGGGCAUAAGGGAUGCUGAUGAACCAGAGAUCCCAGUAUUUAGAGAGGAUGACCAGAUCAUGAUGAGUGCUCCAUUUGACCUGACCAUGUCUUUGAGUGAAGCGGAGUAUGAGAAAUAUGGUCCAGUACUGCAGAACAUACUGGUCGAUCUUCUCAGUCAUCCUCCUCUUGAAUGAAUAAAACUACAGGUCCUACCGGAUUUAAAUCAUUAAACCAACAAAAAUAUGAUUUAAAAAUGAACGAAAACAGUUGGGAAAAAUAAAGUUUAUCAUCAAUGACAAA